AAAGAGAAAUCCAAAUCGAGUGGCAGCACUGCCCGAGAGCCCAAUGGCUUACCUGCCAACUCCUCUCUCCUCCUGGAGUUCCAAGAUGAGAACAGCAACCAGAGCUCCCUGUCAGACGUCUACCAGCUCAAGGUGGACAGCAGCCCCAACUCCAGCCCUAGUCCCCAGCAGAGCGAGUCCAUGAGUCCUGCCCACACGUCCGACUUCCGCACGGACGACUCGCAGCCACCCACGCUGGGGCAGGAGACGCUGGAAGAGCCCUCCCUGCCUUCCUCGGAAGUUGCAGACGAGCCUCCAACUCUCACAAAGGAAGAGCCAGUCCCCCUUGAGACUCAG